AUGGAUAAGUCAAGUUGGAUCAGGCUGUGGGAAGCGGAUAUCCCUCCGAAGAUUAGGGUGUUUGUCUGGCAAAUCUUUCACAGAAUUCUUCCUACUACGAAAGCUUUGCGUGAAAAGAAGGUGGACGUUUUGCCUCGUUGUCCGGUGUGUUGGGCAACUUUAGAACAUAUGUUCUUGGAGUGUCCGGUAGCUCGUGCAUUGUGGGAUCAGUCUGAGCUGGCCCACCUGGGUGAAGGUUUGCCUCGCCACACGUUCCCGCUCUUUCUGAAGAAAUUACUAGUUGUGGUGCAGAACCCUGCUUUGGUGAUGUCUGUAGUGGCUGUUCUGUGGCAGAUUUGGCGAUCUCGUAAUUGGGUGGUCUUUGAAGGCAAACAGUUUGGGAUUGUUGCCUUGAUGCGGCAAUUUCACCAGCAAGUGCAGGAAUGGAGUAGCUUACCCCGGGACCAAAAUGAUCAGCUUGUGCGCCCCCCGAGCCCUAUCGUACGAUAUGCUGGAGAUGCCACGGCUAUUUGUAUGUGGGAUGGGGCUGUGCGGUUGGGAUCUCAUGCGGCAGGGGGGAUGGUUAUCCUUAAUUAUGAUAGAGCGGUCAUCCUUGCGAAGGGGGUUCAUUUCUCGUUCCUUGGUGACCCAAUGGUGGUUGAAGCGCUGGUCCUCCGGGAGGCAAUUGGUUGGUGUUUGGCUAAUGGAUUCACUGUUAUGAGGUCUGAAGGUGAUGCCCAGGUGAUAAUUGAGAAGAUUCUCCGGAAGGAUGUUCGUGAUAAUCGGAUAGGGGCAAUUCUGGAAGAGAUAGUGAAUUGUUUUGCUUCUAACAUAGGUUUCACUGUAAGAUUUGUAGGUCGACGAAACAAUAGGGUAGCUCAUUUGGUAGCUAGACAGGCCCUGUCUUUGUUCCCGACUACAUGUCGAUCUUUUGAUUUCCAGGCCUGGCUGAAUUCUAGGAUGUAA